AUGUUUCGAUCCAUUAUCGGCCGCUACGGGCGCUCUUAUGGGUCCUCUCGACUGACGGGCUCCGCUCCCAGGCCCGCGCUUUGCCAGACACGGUCCCUGGCAAGCCAUCCAGAUUCAUUCGUCGAUCCUGAGUAUCCAGAACAGCGGGAGCAGCAUCUCGAUCAUCAUCAGAAUCAUAAAAGGUCUCCAGGUUAUCACCGGGAGGAUGCACCGCUAUUGUCUCAGUUUCAUGCAAUCAGGUCGACGCUGAGCACAGUCAGCGUGUCACCGGGUGACCCUGCUGAAGCACAGAAGACAGUGCCAGAAGAGCUCGAAAAUGCAUUCUUCUCGAUUGUCCAAGAUGGUCAACCGGACCUGGUCAUGGACGCAUUACUCGAUCCCAGGUUUGAAGUCGUGGUUGGAUCGUUACCUGAGAGCACCUUUGUAGAAGUCUUUCGCUUGCUGUCUCCUUCCUACUUUAUUGAUCCGUUUCGAGCAAUUUAUCGCGCGUUGCAUCCGUCCGCCGUAGCGCUCAAAGGUUACCGGCAAUUGGACAGAAUCUUCGAUAAGUUUGCUUGCAAUCUUGCCUCGAUCGUCUCGGUUAGACGGUCGGCGGGUCACACACUUGGGCUGGCAGAGUACACCCAUCUCCUGGACUGUGCGCGGUCUACCGGAGAUGCGCUGAUGGCUGACCAUGUAUGGCAUGCCAUGAUUCAGGACGACGUUAUCCCCGAUGUGCAUUGCUACAAUCACUACAUGGAAGCCAAGAUUUGGAAUGGGGCCUACACUGGUCGAGAAAAGUACCGUCUGCGAAUAACGCCGUUCGCUUACCGUAAGCGACGCUUCGACGAUCCAGGCUUGGGAUGGAAAGGCUAUGGGACUGCCAACCGCAGUGUCCGUAAGGAGGUCAUGCAAAUUUUGACUGAGAUGACAGAAGAAGGCACUUCGGGCGACGAGGCUACUUACGUGAAUGUGAUUCUGGCGUCUUGCAGGGUGGGAAACGUGUCAACAAUGAAGCACGUGUUGAAGACGGUUUGGAACGUCGACAUUGACGCCCUGGCGGCGCAGGGAGACCCAUCGACUCUUCCUCGCCCCAGGGAAUACGAUCGUUCGUCACCUCUGUAUCCAACUAGUCGCCUCUUGUUCGCCGUCGCACACGCCUUUGGCAAUAACAACGACAUUUCCGGAGCCAUGCGGGCAAUCAGCUUCAUAUCCAGCUCUUACGACAUUCCGGUCCCAGAAGAGAUCUGGCUAGAGCUACUCGAGCGGUCCUUCGUUCUUUCUCGCCCCCGUUUCGGUCAGGAUGCCCUGCGCAAUGAAAAAGGGAGGGUUCCAUAUGAGUUCCUGACCGCCCUGGUCCAAACCAUGAAGUCGGAGCCUUUCAACGUCCAGCCCACCAUGGAGGUGUACCAACUCCUGGCCAAGACAGCGUGGGACCAGGCCAAGCUACCAGAUUUCACGCAGUACAUGGAGUCAGCAUACGCGGUUCUCGAAGAGACCCGACGCAAACGCCGAACGGCCCGAGCGAUCGUCGAAAACUACCUGGGUCCACCUCGAUCGAAGGAGGCUGCCUACCGCAGACCGCUCCAGUCUCGAGAAUUUGCCGAGGCAGUGCAUGCAUACGACGUGCUUCGGAUGCGCACUGCCCAGCAGACCAUCAUCAUGGAACGCCUCGCGAAACUGCUCCUCAUACACCCUCGCUGGGUCGGCCGCGACAACCCUGCCUGGGAGCGUCAACUACUUCCCCGCAUGAUCGAAGAGUGGCAGGACUUCCUUCCCGAGUCGAUUUCCGUCCAGAUCAGAUGCGGGGACGUCGAAUUCCACGGAGAAACUUACUGGGGUGAUCCCCUGCUCAACACACACAGGAGGGUACCAGUCCGCCGGCCGACCGUCGAUAACGGCCUGGUCCUCGACGAAGACGCCCGGGAACUCGACGACGACUUCUUCUGGGCGUGCUACCCUGCUGAAUUGCGCGAUAUGCAGACCCCUGCUCUUCAGCGGUUGUUCUCGGGAGUGACGAAACGGCUUGCCAACCCUGUGAGACGGGGAGCUGUCCUAGACGACGCAGUUGAAGCCGACGCGCUGGACGAACAGGCUGGAGCUUUGCCUCAUGAAGCGGAGUUCCCCUGGCAGAGACCGCCUGGGUGGACUGCGGACGACGAGGAUGUCUUUGAUCCCACAACUAGUCCUCUUGCUGUUGCUUGA